UCCGCCCCGCAGUGGCGCCCGGCUGGACGGAGCGGGCGCGGCGCCAUGGAGCGCGGGCUGGACGCGGCGCGCAGCUUUCUGGAGCAGCUGGAGGCGCGGGGCGGCCGGGAGAGGGCGGGCCUGGCCGGCGAGUUCAGCGACAUCCAGGCCCGCUCAGUCUCCUGGAGGGCAGACAAGGUGUACUCCACCGAGGCCGGCAGCCGGCCCGAGAACGUGAGGAAGAACCGCUACAAAGAUGUGCUGCCCUAUGACCAGACUCGAGUGACCCUCUCCCUGCUCCAGGAGGAGGGACACGGGGACUACAUCAAUGGCAGCUUCAUUCGGGGCGUAGAUGGAAGCCAUACCUACAUAGCCACGCAGGGACCCCUGCCUCACACGCUGCUGGACUUCUGGCGCCUGGUCUGGGAGUUUGGGGUCAAGGUGAUCCUGAUGGCCUGUCGAGAGACAGAGAGCGGAAAGAAGAAAUGUGAGCGGUACUGGGCCCAGGAACAGGAGCCCCUGCAAAUCGGCCAUUUCUGCAUCACCCUGACAAGAGAGGCGCAGCUGAAUGAGGAUAUCAGGAUCAGGACUCUGCAGGUCACCUUCCGGAAGGAGUCCCGUUCUGUGACCCACCUGCAGUACAUCUCUUGGCCAGACAGAGGGGUCCCUAGCCACCCCGAGCACGUGCUCACCAUGGUGGAAGAAGCCCGCCGCCUCCAGGGAGCUGGCCGGAGCCCACUCUGUGUCCACUGCAGUGCAGGCUGCGGCCGCACAGGUGUCCUGUGCACGUUGGAUUAUGUGCGGCAGCUGCUCCUGACCCAGGCCAUCCUGCCGAACUUCAGCCUCUUUGAUGUGGUCCUGGAGAUGAGGAGGCAGCGGCCCACAGCCAUCCAGACAGAGGAACAGUACAGGUUCCUGUACCAGAUGGUGACUCAGAUGUUCCGAGCAGCACUCCAGAACGUCAGCCCCCAGUACCAGAACCUCAAGGAGAAUUGUGCCCCACUCUACGACAACACCCUCUCCCUCCGGACGCCCCAGACCCUACCGGCCUUACCCCGGCCCUCCAGCGGUGAGGUUCUCAGGAGCAUCUCGGUGCCCCGGCCGCCGGCGCCCGCCAUGGCCGACACGUACGCGGUGGUGCAGCGGCGCGGGCCGCCCGGGGGCGCGGGGGCGCAGGCCGCCCAUGGCCCGGACCGCGCGCUCUACAGCCGGGUGGCGCCGCGCGCCAGCAGGGCCCCGGGGGGCGCCGACGACCCAGGUUCGCGCCCCGGCGCUCCAGCCGGUUCUCUGCCGUCCCCGGAGUGUGCCCCUCUGCCCAGGACGGACGGGGACCCUGGGCAGACGGCUGGGGGUCCGGUGGCACCCGGCGCCUACGAGGAUGUGUCCAGCCGAGCUCCAGGCAACGGGCUCGGCUUCAACUUGCGCAUCGGGAGGCCGAAGGGGCCCCGGGAUCCUCCUGCGGAGUGGACCCGGGUGUGAGCGCUGUGCCCGGCCUGCCUGGCCCUCAUCCAACUACUUUGUCCCCGAGAUUGAGGGCUGGAGGCCCGGCACGUGGCAGUGGUAAUGGCUCUACUGCAGACGACGCGACAACGGACUCCAGGUGGCAGGACCAUGGCCCUGGGUGUCGGGACUCCUGUGCAGUCUCUGAGCCCCCGGGCUGAUCUCCAGGCCUAUGCUGGGGCAGUGCCCUGGACUCCCUCUACCCUCUUUUCCAUUAAAUAAAUAUUUGGGGGAAAAAUGCC